UAGUAACAUUGUGCACUGUCAUUGCAAUACUAAAACUGACAUCAAACACGUCCUUACCAGUUCUACUUAUUUACUGCGUUGAGCGCAAGUACAGUUCUCAUUUCCCUGGAUGAACUUCAAUUUUAACCUUCCAAACUGAGACUUCUACAGUUGGAAAUUACUUGCAGAAAAACCAUGUCAGCGUUUAGUCCUGUAUCGAGCUACGAGAAAGCCUCAGAUUAUUUUCCGUCUGUGCCAUCUGUGAGCACAGUAACAUGGCCCAGCGCUGUUCCAACAGCGUUUGAACUUGGACCGUGGUACUCGUGGGGGUUACCACACUCCAAGCUGAACUGUCACGGUCCUCCCGCACCAGCAGCCGUCGCCCCGCUCGAUUACACAAGCUUCUGGCCUACAGUUCCUUCCUUGGGAAGCUGCGGUUUCUUCCUCCCCUCGGGAAGUUCCUUAGCUAGGUCGUACGAGAAACCUAGCCAGUCGUACAUUGGGCUCAUUGCAGAAGCAAUCCUUGGCUCACCGGAGAAGAAACUUGUCCUUAGUGACAUUUACAGCUAUAUCCUGACACGGUAUCCAUACUUCAGGACCAAAGGAAGCGGAUGGCGAAACAGCAUUCGCCAUAAUCUCUCUCUGAAUGACUGCUUUAUCAAAGCUGGUCGCAGUCCAAACGGUAAGGGACAUUUCUGGACGAUUUGUCCGAUGUACUACGAAGAUUUCUUACAUGGGGACUACCGCCGAAGAAGGUCUGGUAAAUGUCUCAAGCUGGAUCUGAAAUCAGAGCGACUCCUAAGCGAUUCACACCGUUACUUUGCACUUUUUAGCGAAGAACCAAAGCCGAGUGUGCUCUCUCAAAGGGAAACAUCUCCACCGAGAUAUGAACAACACGAAAGAGACGUACACAGAGAAAGAGAGAUUGAUUGUGAAACAGUCGAACAAUCUUCUUCUGAGCAUGAAAGAGAACGAAGAAGAGGUAGCUUUGACGUACAAAGCUUACUUUCCGCUCAAGUUUAAGAUAGAACAAAGAGAUGAAUUAGGGGCGAGAACAUAAUUUAUAUCUAACGUCUGGAUUAUGAUAAUUUAAUUUUAUGUAUUUAGUAUCUGACAAAGUUGAAUUCAGAGAAUUCAGGCUACAUAUUAUCUCAGAAAAAGGUUUGCCAGAUUCUGGUGGAGUAAUAUGAUGAAGUAUGAAUAGGGAAAAUUGGAACAAGACAUUCCGUCUUUCGUUCUGAGUCUGUUAUCGACGGCGCACUUUUGUGUUGCGUGCGUACUAUUGAUAUUAAUUCAUGAACACAACUUGAAAACCGCAAAUUGCAUUUGUUUAUGUAAGUUUAACGAUCGCGCGUAUUGUCUUUUAAUUCCGGUCUAUUCUAGGCUAGAAAUCAUUAUUUGUAUUAUAAAAAAAAAUUAAGAUUAUCAUGUUAUUACAUGGUUGACAGCUUGUGAGCUAUGUAUUGAAGAAUGGGGAAAAGAAAAUUAAAAAAAUACGUGUAACAGAGA